GGCAGAAAAAGCUGAAGUUGUGCUAUUUCCUCUUCGACGAGUAACGUAUGUCGACGCAGUCAUGGAGACCACAUCUGUAUACAUGUGCUUCCCCUGCUACCAGGAGUUUAAUACUCUAGAAGAGGUCCUUCAGCACCAGUUGACAUGCACCGUUGAAGAGGAUCAAUCUAGCUCAUCUGGACCUGCCCCUGCUAAUGCUCCAGUGGUGCAGACACAGCAACAUGUAAUAAACAUCUCCAGGGCCGCUACGAUCCAACAAAGCGAUAGACCAGAGAGCGAUGCUCCUCAGACGGAGGGUGACUCACUUCAUUCCCCCGUGCACAACAUUAAGAAAGAACUUGAAGAUGGUGCGGAAGCUGAAAGGCAACAAACAGACCAGCCCAGAAUCCUCUACCAGUGUGGGGAUUGUGAUAAACUUUUCAAGAGCCUUGAAGAGUGGCAGAAGCAUCGCAGAGAAGGGAGCUGUGAGCAAGCUGCCUUGAAGGCCGCGUUGGAGUCACAGGUGGAGCCAGAGAUCUCCACAGCUGACAACCAGGCUGCCUCAAUUAAUACAGAUGAUGCUUCCGUCUCAAACAGUGAAAGCAGCCAGGCCCUUAAAUCAUUAGAAGAGGGAAUUGCUGCAGAGGCAGCUGAGAUUAAGGCUGCAGAGGCCUCCUCAGCUCAGACUUCAGAUGGUGUUGCUGCUGAGGUGCCUGCUUCAGAUGAUUCAUCUCCAAGGAGGAGAGGGGUAACCAAAAAGCCAAAGCCUGAGCCGGUGUUGCUGUGUGUGGAUUGUGGCUUGUGUUUUGGUCUGGUGUCUGAGCUGGUGUCCCACCGCAAGACCCAGCACGGCUUUGAGGAAGCUCUGCACCGCUGCUCUGUAUGUGGAGAAAGCUUCUUAAACACCACGCUUUUCCUCUAUCACCGAAAACAGCACAGGCAGAAGGGUGAGGAAACGGUGGCGGCGGCCCCUGAGGUCAAAGCAGCGGUUUACACCCUCAACAACGGGAGCAAUACUCAGGAUUCAGCUUCUUCCUCUAGCUCUGUGAAACCCAAAUUCACACAGCCUGAGCAUUUCUUCUGCUCCCAGUGUGCCCAGGGUUUCAAAGAUGGCAUAAGCCUUGCUUCACAUCGUAAGGAAAAGCACAGCCUCACUGCUCCUCUUCAUACUUGCUCCCACUGUGGGGAGGAGUUCAUGAACACAACUCAUUUUCUGUACCACUGGCGCCAGCAUCGUUCCACCACAAUGAACGCGGCGGCUCAUGAGGUCGAAAUAAGUGAUGGAUCAGCCAACGCCACGUCUGAGGGUGGCGCACAAAGCUCAAAGAAACGGCUUUCCCCCCCUGCUGGAGAAUCUGGGUCCCCCCUUCCUAAGAGAGGUCGGCCUUCAUUUAGGAUCGUUAGUGCUAACGCCCAACAAGGAAACAAAGCGGCCAAAGAUGACUCUGAGGGCAGCGCUGCAGCUGACGUGAACAACACGAACCAACCUCCACCUGCCAAGUUACUGCAAGACUGGGCCAGAACACCGCUGCCCCACGUUUGCCCUUACUGCGGCAAAACCUUCACUCGGCGCGUCUUCCUCCGCACCCACGUCUACAGCCACACCGGAGAGAAGCUCUUCACGUGCAAGGUGUGCACAAAGUCCUUCACCAAUUCCCAGAGCCUGCUGCGACACAGCAUGAACCACACGGGCAACAAGCCCUUCUGCUGCGACGUUUGUGGGAAAAGCUUCUCGCAGGCAACCACCCUGAAAAGACACCAACUCAUUCACACGUCGACGGAACCUCCGCGCAAGAGAGGCCGCAAACCAGCAUGUAACGUGGACGCUGAUGGAUUUGCUUCUCUCUUUCCUUGUCCGCACUGUCCAUCACACUUCAGCACUGAAGAACAGCUUAAUGAUCACAGAUUGCUCCAUACGAGCCAUCCAUUCCCUUGCCCUGAAUGUGGAGAGGCCUUCAAACGCAGGAAGGACCUGGACCUUCACUCUCUCAUACAUCAAGACAAGCAGCCAGUGACCUGCCCGCACUGCGCGUCACAGUUUAUCAACCAGUCAGUGCUGGACAUCCACCUGCAGCGGUGUCCUGUCACAGAGGAGGACAGGAACACCGGCCGUGGACGUGGACAAGGCCGUGGUCGCUCCACUGGACAGGUCGAGUGUGACCUCUGCGGUCACCGCUGCAUGACCCAAGAGGGCCUCGAUCUCCAUCGUUUAUCCCACACGGGCCAGACGCCGCUCAAGUGCCCAGUGAGGCCCUGCCGCCGCAGAUUUACCUCCAACAGCGCCCUGGAGGAGCACGUGCUGGCCCAUUUCCAGGGAAAGCUCUCAAAGUCCAAAAGCCGACCACGCUUCCGCUGCGAAAUCUGCCUCAAGGAGUUUGCAUACAAUUCCACCUUCAGCGUUCACAUGAGGACACAUACUGAUGAGAGACCCUUCGAGGUGAGAGGAGUCAUGGAGAAGUGUGUGCUUGCAUAAAAAGUCUUGGCUUUU